AUGCCGGCCCAGGCACCGGAAUCUAACCCCUCCCCUGGCCCCUCGUCACAGGAUGGUCAAAACGCCCCGAGCAGUACUCUUCCGGAGUUGGAACUAUUGUCACGCCCGGCCGAUCUCUCUCACAAGGUGGCCAAAUUUUUCGACAACGAGCGCACCCUCCCCAUGUACAAAGACAAGCCCCAUUUUGCCCCGCGGCGUUCACCCCCAAAGCGUCGGUGGAGGCGGCUGCUAAAUGUCUUGGGGUUGUGUGCCUUGGUGCUUCUGUGGUACUACAGAUCAACCUUUCCAUCGUUGAAGAGCUUGGGAUCAAAUGACCGAGGAGUCGAGCUGUGGAAGUGGUCGAAUAAACUGGAUAAUGGCGAUCCCUCUGUGGAUCCUACCGACUGGGAUGCGAAACGAGAGAAGGUCCGCGACGCGUUCAUUGUCAGUUGGGAGGGCUAUGCAGAGUCGGCGUGGGGCUUCGACAAGUACAGGCCGAUGAGCAACAACAACAAGAACCUCGUCACCGGCGGAUUAGGGUGGAUAAUCGUGGAUUCCCUAGACACCCUGAUGAUUAUGAAUCUGACAUCGCAGGUUCGCCGUGCACGACAAUGGAUCACCACGUCGCUGCAGUACAACCAAGACCAAGAAGUGAGUGUAUUCGAGACGACCAUCCGCAUGAUGGGCGGCCUCCUGUCCGCGCACUAUUUGUCUACCAAAUACCCGGACUUGGCCCCAGUUUCCGACGAUGAUGCUGGUGCUGCAGGUGAAGACCUGUACAUUGAAAAGGCUACCGAUCUUGCGGACCGACUGAUGGGUGCUUUCGAGACAAAAAGUGGGAUUCCACUCUCGAGUGUGAAUCUGAACAAGUCGACCGGGAUUUACUCGCACGCCGACGGGGGUGCCACAUCUACCUCGGAGGCGGCCUCGGUGCAAAUCGAAUGGAAGUACCUUGCCAAGCUGACCGGAGAGGCCGAAUACUGGCGAAUCGCGGAAAAGGUGAUAGAAGUCAUCGAUGGGGAAAAGGCGCAGGAUGGCUUGGUUCCCAUAAACAUCCAUCCCGACACGGGCAAGUUUAGGAGGAACAACAUCCGUCUUGGCAGCAGAGGCGACUCAUACUAUGAGUACCUCAUCAAGCAGUACCUACAGACAUCCGAGCAAGAACCCGUGUACAAGGAGAUAUGGGAUGAGGCGCUGCACGGGGUCCGCAAACACCUCAUCGCAUUUACAAAACAAGCGCAGUUAAUGAUCAUCGGCGAGCGGCCCUCUGGAUUGGUGAAAAAGUUGACUCCUAAAAUGGACCACCUAGUUUGCUUCAUGCCCGGAACCAUCGCGCUCGGUGCCACCGGCGGCCGGCCGCUGUCCGAGGCGCGCAAGUCCCCCGACUGGUCGCAACAGCGCGAAGACGAGAUGCUCAUGUCCCGCGAGCUGAUGAAAACCUGCUGGGCGAUGUACCGGACGACGGAGACGGGGCUCGCGCCCGAGAUCACCUACUUUAAGCUGGACCCGGUCCCUAAGAUGAUGGCCGACGUAUACCCCGAGCCAUCUACAUCGGGGCCGCCCCAGGAGCUGCGCGGCAUCUCGCAGCCCCUUUCGCCACAGCCUGAUGGCUCGGAGCCCUGGCGCCAGGACAUUGAGAUCCGGCCCAACGACCGGCACAACUUGCAGCGCCCCGAAACUGUCGAGUCUCUCCUCUACAUGUACCGCAUCACCGGCGAUGAAAUCUACCGCCAGUGGGGGUGGGAGAUGUUUAAGUCUUUCAUCAAACACACUGCCGUGCUCGAGCAGGUCACUUCUCUCUCGACGUCAGGGAAGACCUACCGCAUCAAGGGCUUCACUUCGCUCGGCAAUGCUAACGCUGUGCCGCCCGACAAACGUGACAACAUGGAGAGCUUCUGGAUGGCCGAAACUCUCAAGUAUUUCUAUUUAUUGUUCUCGGACCGCGACUUUAUCUCUCUGGAGGAACAUGUGUUCAACACCGAGGCGCAUCCACUGCCGAGAUUCAAGCCGGGAGGUGAUCUUCGAACGGGGUGGAAGCGGCAGCCUCGGAACUAA